AAAUUGCAACACAGCAGCUUUUGAGAAAAUCGAGAACUAAAAAAGUACGGAAGAAGAGGAAGGUAUAGAGCUCGAGAAAAACCACCAGCACGUAGGGUUUUCGCUGAGCACGCUUCUUCGCCGGAGUUCAGUUUACUGGUCGCCAUUUGAUCUGAUUGAUCUGGUUUGAUGAUCGAAAAUUUUUGAGGGAGGAGGCCGAUCGAGAUGAUAUCCUUGCAGAACGGGGCGGGGAUUUCUCGGGCUCGGUAUGGGGGCGGAGCAGCAGAUCGGGCCGAUGAGGCCGACGCCAGACCAGUUUUCGUUGGGAAGCAGGAGCCUUCUUCUUCGCUCAGUCUUGUCUCCUAUCAAGGACAUGAUUCUCACGAAGUUGAUGAGGACACCCAUUUGACCCUUGCUCAUCAAUUAUACAAAGCUGGCAACUAUAAGCAGGCAUUAGAGCAUAGCAAUGCUGUAUAUGAGAGGAAUCCACUGCGCACUGAUAAUCUCCUUCUUUUAGGUGCUAUUUAUUAUCAGUUGCAUGAUUAUGAUAUGUGCAUUGCAAGAAACGAGGAGGCCCUUCGUAUUGAGCCACGUUUUGCUGAAUGUUAUGGGAACAUGGCUAAUGCAUGGAAGGAAAAAGGUGAUAUUGAUCUUGCUAUCCGUUACUACAUGAUUGCCAUUGAGCUUCGUCCCAAUUUUGCUGAUGCAUGGUCAAACUUAGCCAGUGCUUACAUGCGAAAAGGAAGACUGAAUGAGGCUGCACAAUGCUGUCGUCAGGCUCUUGCUUUAAAUCCUCUUCUGGUUGAUGCUCAUAGUAACCUUGGCAAUCUAAUGAAGGUGCAAGGGCUGGUGCAAGAAGCUUACAGUUGCUACUUAGAGGCUUUGCGGAUUCAGCCAACAUUUGCCAUUGCUUGGUCAAAUCUUGCUGGUCUUUUUAUGGAGUCUGGUGACUUGAAUAGAGCCCUUCAAUAUUAUAAGGAAGCUGUUAAACUGAAACCUACAUUCCCUGAUGCCUAUCUAAAUCUUGGAAAUGUUUACAAGGCUCUGGGAAUGCCUCAGGAAGCUAUCAUGUGUUAUCAGCGUGCUGUUCAGACUCGUCCAAACAAUGCAAUAGCUUAUGGGAAUCUGGCUAGUGCAUAUUAUGAUCGAGGCCAACUGGACAUGGCAAUUCUCUAUUAUAAGCAAGCUGUUGCUUGUGAUCCAAGAUUUUUAGAAGCAUACAAUAAUUUGGGUAAUGCAUUGAAGGACGUUGGUCGAGUAGAGGAAGCAAUUCAAUGCUAUAAUCAAUGCCUUGCAUUACAGCCGAACCAUCCACAAGCACUUACCAACCUUGGAAAUAUAUAUAUGGAAUGGAAUAUGGUGGCUGCUGCAGCUUCAUACUAUAAGGCUACCUUGAGUGUCACAACAGGGCUGUCUGCUCCAUUCAACAAUCUUGCUGUGAUUUAUAAGCAACAGGGAAACUAUGCAGAUGCCAUAUCGUGUUACAAUGAAGUUCUACGGAUUGAUCCCUUGGCGGCUGAUGGACUUGUCAAUAGAGGCAACACUUACAAGGAGAUUGGUAGAGUCAGUGAAGCAAUACAAGAUUAUCUACGUGCCAUCAGUAUCCGGCCAAAUAUGGCUGAAGCUCAUGCAAAUUUGGCUUCAGCUUAUAAAGAUAGUGGGCAUGUUGAGGCGGCCAUUAAAAGCUAUAAGCAGGCACUGGUCCUUCGACCUGAGUUUCCUGAAGCUACUUGUAACCUUCUACACACAUUGCAGUGUGUCUGUUGCUGGGAGGAUCGUGAUAAAAUGUUUGCUGAAGUUGAAGCAAUCAUCAAGAGGCAGAUAAAUAUUUCUGUUCUUCCCAGCGUGCAGCCUUUCCAUGCUAUAGCAUAUCCCCUUGAUCCAAUGCUUGCACUUGAAAUUAGCCGUAAGUAUGCAGCUCAUUGCUCCUUGAUUGCAUCUCGUUUUGCUCUUCCACCUUUCAACCAUCCUGCUCGUAUUCCUAUUAAGUGUAAUGGUGGAAGUGAGAGGUUAAAGGUUGGUUAUGUGAGCAGUGACUUUGGUAAUCACCCGCUAUCGCAUCUUAUGGGAUCAGUAUUUGGCAUGCAUAACAGAGCCAAUGUUGAGGUGUUUUGUUAUGCCUUGAGUCCUAAUGAUGGUACUGAAUGGAGACAAAGGAUCCAUACAGAAGCUGAGCAUUUUAUAGAUGUUUCUGGCAUGUCAUCUGAUGCAAUAGCCAAAAUGAUUAAUGAGGAUGGAAUACAGAUCCUUAUCAACCUUAAUGGUUAUACAAAGGGAGCAAGGAAUGAAAUUUUUGCUAUGCAGCCUGCACCCAUACAAGUUUCUUACAUGGGAUUUCCUGGUACUACUGGAGCAACUUACAUAGAUUACUUGGUCACUGAUGAGUUUGUUUCACCUCUACACUAUGCUCAUAUUUAUUCUGAAAAGAUUGUCCAUCUUCCACAUUGCUACUUUGUGAAUGAUUAUAAACAGAAAAAUCGUGAUGUCCUGGAUCCCCAUUGUCAGCAAAAACGCUCAGAUUAUGGCCUUCCCGAAGACAAAUUUAUAUUCGCAUGCUUUAACCAGCUAUACAAAAUGGAUCCUGAAAUCUUCGACACUUGGUGUAAUAUUCUUAAACGAGUACCAAAUAGCACCCUUUGGCUCCUUAGAUUCCCAGCUGCAGGAGAAAUAAGACUUCGUGCAUAUGCUAUUUCACAAGGUGUGCUGCCAGACCAAAUUAUUUUCACAGAUGUUGCCAUGAAGCAUGAGCAUAUCAGACGCAGUGCUUUAGCAGAUUUGUUCCUUGACACGCCCUUAUGCAAUGCACAUACCACGGGCACCGAUAUUUUAUGGGCUGGGUUACCUAUGGUGACACUGCCCCUUGAAAAAAUGGCUACAAGGGUAGCUGGAUCACUUUGUCUUGCUACUGGUCUCGGUGAUGAGAUGAUUGUAAACAGUAUCAAAGAAUAUGAAGAGAGAGCAGUGUCCUUGGCAUUAAAUCGGCCAAAGCUCCAUGCUCUGACUAAUAAACUGAAGUCAGUUCGUAUGACCUGCCCUCUGUUUGACACACUGCGCUGGGUGAGGAAUCUUGAGAGGGCAUACCUCAAAAUGUGGAAUCUUUACUGCUCGGGCCAACAGCCGCAGCAUUUUAAAGUAACUGAGAAUGAUUUGGAAUUCCCUUAUGAUAAAUAGGGGCAUAGAGCCAGAAACGGGAUUGUAAAUAAGAAAACAAGAGAUACAAAUAUUACAUUUAGGAAGAGAUUCAUCUAUUGAGGUGUGUUGGUGUUAUAUUGCAAAAUUGGAUAGAUCAAUGCUUACUUAGUCUGAUUAGAAGUUGGUGAAAGGGGUCUGUAGGAGAAACGAGAUCCAAAUUAUGAGCCAGUUUCUUGGGGUAUGUUAUUUCAAUAGUCUCCUUUUUCUCAUCUUGUUGAUUUUAACAUGAGUGUACUUUUGACGCCAUCUGACCUGAGGUUAAAACAAGUGAAUUUUCGGAGGGGUAUGCCUAUUGCUGAU